AUGUCACACAAUGCACCUGGCGUGGUGUCACUUCCCACGUGGUGUCACUUCCCACACGUGGAGCAGAUGGCCAUCGACUGGCUGACGGGGAACUUCUACUUCGUGGACGACGUUGAUGACCGCAUCUUCGUCUGUGACAAGGACGGUGCCACCUGCGUCACGCUGCUGGACCUGGAACUCUAUAACCCCAAGGGCAUUGCCCUGGAUCCCACCAUGGGCAAGGUGUUCUUCACCGACUACGGGCAAAUCCCCAAAGUGGAACGCUGUGACAUGGACGGGCAGAACCGCACCAAGCUGGUGGACAGCAAGAUCGUGUUCCCACAUGGCAUCACGCUCGACCUGGUCAGCCGACUGGUGUACUGGGCUGAUGCCUACCUGGACUAUAUCGAGGUGGUGGAUUACGAGGGCAAGAACCGGCACACGAUCAUCCAGGGCCUGCUGAUUGAGCACCUAUACAGCUUGACCGUGUUCGAGAACUACCUGUACGCCACCAACUCGGAUAAUGGCUACGUGCAGCCCAAGACCAGCGUGAUCAGGGUGAACCGCUUCAACAGCUCCGACUACCAGGUGGUCACCCGCGUGGACAAGGGAGGGGCCCUGCAUGUGUACCACCAGAGGCGGCAGCCCCCAGUGCGGAGCCAUGCGUGUGAACCGGACCAGUUUGGGAAGGCGGGCGGCUGUUCAGACAUCUGCCUGCUAGGAAACAGCCACAAGAGCCGGACCUGCCGCUGCCGAUCCGGAUUCAGCCUGGGAAGUGAUGGCAAGUCCUGCAAGAAACCGGAGCACGAGCUCUUCCUGGUGUACGGAAAGGGCCGGCCAGGUAUCAUCCGUGGCAUGGACCUGAACGCCAAAGUACCGGACGAGUACAUGAUCCCCAUCGAGAACCUGAUGAACCCUCGUGCUCUCGACUUCCACGCCGAGAGCGAGUUCAUCUACUUUGCCGAUGCCAACAGCUACCUCAUCGGCCGGCAGAAGAUUGACGGCACAGAGAGGGACACCAUCCUGAAAGAAGGGGUCCACACUGUGGAGGGUAUCGCUGUGGACUGGAUGGCGGACAACCUGUACUGGACAGAUGAUGGACCAAAGAAGACGAUCAGCGUGGCUCGCCUGGAGAAGGCCUCGCAGACACGCAAGACCCUCAUUGAGGGGAAGAUGACCCAUCCCAGAGCCAUCGUGGUGGACCCCCACAACGGGUGGAUGUACUGGACGGACUGGGAGGAAGACCCCAAGGACAGCAAGCGGGGCAAGAUCGAGAGAUCCUGGAUGGACGGAACAAACCGGAAUGUCUUCCUCACAUCCAAGACGGUCCUGUGGCCCAAUGGCCUGAGUUUGGACAUCCCUCAGGGCAUCCUGUACUGGGUGGAUGCUUACUAUGACCGCAUCGAGAUGGUGUACCUCAACAAUUCAGAGCGCAAGACCGUGUAUGAGGGCCAAGAGCUGAACCAUGCCUUCGGCCUGUGCCACUACAAACACUUCCUGUUCUGGAACGAGUACCGCAGCGGGAGCAUCUACAAGUUGGACCAGCAGACCAAGACUGUCACCCUGCUCCGCAACGAGCGGCCCCCCAUCUUCGAGAUCCGCACCUACGACGCCCAGCAGCAGCAGGGCAGUAAUACCUGCCGCGUUAACAACGGGGGCUGCAGCAGUCUAUGCCUGGCCAUACCGGGGGGUCGCAGCUGCGCAUGUGCAGAGGACCAAAUUCUGGACGCAGACAACGUCAGCUGCAAGGCAAACCCCUCCUACAUCCCCCCACCUCAGUGUCAGCCCGGUGAAUUUGCCUGCAAGAACAACCGCUGCAUUCAGGAGCGCUGGAAAUGCGACGGGGACAACGACUGCCUGGACAACAGUGACGAAGCAUCCGAGCUCUGCUACCAGCACACCUGCCCCGCCGACCGCUUCAAGUGCCAGAACAACCGCUGCAUCCCGCUGCGCUGGCUGUGCGAUGGCGACAACGACUGCGGCAACGACGAGGACGAGUCCAACACCACCUGCUCGGCACGGACCUGCCCUCCCAAUCAGUUCUCCUGUGCUAGUGGCCGCUGCAUUCCCAACUCCUGGACCUGCGAUCUCGACGACGACUGCGGCGAUCGCUCAGACGAGCCAGCCUCUUGUGCAUACCCCACCUGCUUCCCUCUCACGCAGUUCACCUGCAACAACGGACGCUGCAUCAACAUCAACUGGCGCUGCGACAAUGAUAAUGACUGCGGGGACAACAGCGACGAGGCAGGCUGCAGUCACUCCUGCUCCAGCGCGCAGUUCAAGUGCAACAGCGGUCGCUGCAUCCCUGAGUACUGGACCUGCGAUGGCGACAACGACUGCAGCGACUACAGCGACGAGACGCACGCCAACUGCACCAACCAGGCCACGCGCCCCCCCGGCGGCUGCCACGACGACGAAUUCCAGUGCCGCAUGGACAGCCUGUGCAUCCCCAAGCGCUGGCGCUGCGACGGCGACACCGACUGCGUUGACCUGAGCGAUGAGAAGAACUGCGAGGGCUUUACGCAGUCAUGUGACCCCGCUGUCAAGUUCGGCUGCCGGGACUCGGCUCGCUGCAUCAGCCGGGCCUGGGUGUGCGACGGUGACAGCGACUGCGACGACAACUCUGAUGAGGUGGGCUGCGAGGCGCUGGUGUGCAAGCUGUCCCACCAUGUGUGUGCCAACGACUCCAGCGUGUGUCUGCCCGCCGAGAGGCUCUGUGACGGCACUGACGACUGUCCCGACGGCUCUGACGAGAAGCUCUGCGAUCUGUGCUCCUUGGACAACGGAGGCUGCAGCCACAACUGCUCGGUGGCCCCCGGUGAGGGUGUCGUCUGCUCCUGCCCCCUGGGGAUGGAGCUGAAUGUCGACAACAAGACCUGCCAGGUGCAGAGCUUCUGUGCCAAGCACCUGAGAUGCAGCCAGCGUUGCGAGCAGGACAAGUUCAGCGUCAAGUGCUCCUGCUACGAGGGCUGGGCCCUGGAGGCAGACUUAGAGAGCUGCAAGAGCACCGAUCCCUUCAAGCCGUUCAUCAUCUUCUCCAACCGGCAUGAGAUCCGGCGCAUCGACCUGUACAAGGGCGAGUUCAGUGUUCUGGUUCCGGGCCUUCGCAACACUAUCGCCUUGGACUUCCACCUCAACCAGAGUGCCCUCUACUGGACCGACGUAGUUGAGGACAAAAUCUACCGCGGCAAACUCUCGGAAAACGGAGCCCUGACUAGCCUGGAGGUGGUUAUCCAGCAUGGGCUGGCUACUCCAGAAGGUUUGGCGGUGGACUGGAUCGCCGGCAAUAUCUACUGGGUGGAGAGCAACCUGGACCAGAUCGAGGUGGCCAAACUGGACGGUACCAUGAGGACCACAUUGCUGGCUGGGGCGGUGGAGCACCCCCGUGCCAUCGCCCUGGACCCCCGCUACGGCAUCCUGUUCUGGACGGACUGGGAUGCCACCAUGCCACUCGAGGCAGCCUCCAUGAGCGGGGAGGGUCGGCGCACCAUCCACAAGGAGACGGGCAGCGGCGGCUGGCCCAACGGGCUGACUGUAGACUAUCUGGAGCUGCGCAUCCUGUGGAUUGACGCCAGGUCCGACGCCAUCUACUCGGCCCGGUACGAUGGCUCCCGGCUGAUUGAGGUGCUGCGGGGGCAUGAGUAUCUGUCUCACCCCUUUGCGGUGACCAUGUACGGCGGAGAGGUCUACUGGACGGACUGGCGCACCAACACGCUGGCCAAGGCCAACAAGUGGACGGGCAGCAAUGUGACCGUGGUGCAGAGGACCAACACGCAGCCCUUUGACCUGCAGGUGUACCACCCCUCCAGACAGCCUCAGGCUCCAAACCCCUGUGCAGCCAACGGCGGCAAAGGCCCCUGCUCUCACCUCUGCCUGAUCAACUACAACCAGACGUUCUCCUGUGCCUGCCCUCACCUCAUGAAGCUCGGGUCUGACAGACACACCUGCUACGAAUCACGGCAGUUCCUGCUGUACGCCCGUCAGAUCGAGAUCCGUGGAGUCGACCUGGACAACCCCUAUUACAAUUACAUCAUCUCCUUCACGGUGCCAGACAUCGAUAACGUGACAGUGGUGGACUACGAUGCACUGGAACACCGCAUCUAUUGGUCGGACGUGCGCACACAGACCAUCAAGCGGGCCUUCAUCAACGGCACCGGCGUGGAGACCGUGGUGUCCGCCGACCUGCCCAACGCCCACGGUUUGGCGGUGGACUGGGUUUCCCGCAACCUGUUCUGGACCAGCUAUGACGCCAACAAGAAGCAGAUCAACGUGGCCCGUCUGGACGGCUCCUUCAAGAACGCGGUCAUCCAGGGCCUGGACAAGCCGCACUGCCUGGUUGUGCACCCCGUGCUCGGGAAGCUUUACUGGACGGAUGGAGACAACAACAGUGUGUCCAACACAGACGGCGGCAACCAUAGCCUCCUCUUCACCGGCCAGAAGGGGCCUGUGGGCCUGUCUAUCGACUUUGAUGCCGAGCAGCUGUACUGGAUCAGCUCGGGUAACGGCACCAUCAACCGCUGUGAACUGGACGGCAGUGGACUGGAGGUCUUGGAGGGGGUGAAAGGCAAGCUGACCAAAGCCACAGCUCUGGCGAUCAUGGGUGACAAGCUGUGGUGGGCCGACCAGGGCACAGAUCGCAUUGGAACCUGCGACAAGAAGGAUGGAGGCAACUGGAAGGUGCUGAGGAACACGACGUCUCCCAUGAUGCACAUGAAGAUCUACAAUGAGACCGUCCAGAGGGGCACCAACCUGUGCAGCAACAACAACGGCGACUGCUCGCAGCUCUGCCUCCCCACCUCGCCGACCACACGGGCCUGCAUGUGCACGGCCGGGUACAGCCUGCGGAGCGGCCAGCAGUCCUGCGAAGGCGUUGGGUCCUUCCUCCUGUACUCUGUCCACGAGGGCAUCCGCGGCAUCCCCCUGGAGCCCUCGGACAAGUCUGACGCUCUGGUGCCCGUGUCGGGGACGUCCCUCGCCGUGGGAAUCGACUUCCACGCGGACAACGACACCAUUUACUGGGUGGACAUGGGACUGAGCACCAUCAGCCGUGCCAAGAGGGAUCAGACGUGGCGCGAGGAUGUGGUGACCAAUGGCAUCGGACGCGUGGAGGGCAUCGCUGUUGACUGGAUCGCAGGAAACAUCUACUGGACUGACCAGGGCUUCGAUGUGAUCGAGGUGGCGAGGCUGAACGGCUCGUUCCGCUACGUGGUCAUCUCCCAGGGUCUCGACAAGCCGCGUGCCAUCACCGUGCACCCGGAGAAAGGGUACCUGUUUUGGACCGAGUGGGGGCAGUACCCACGGAUUGAGCGCUCUCGUCUCGACGGCACCCAGCGGGCAGUGCUGGUGAAUGUCAGCAUUAGCUGGCCCAAUGGCAUCUCCAUUGACUAUCAGGUGACUCCCAUGCUGUACUGGUGCGACGCCAGGACCGACAAGAUCGAGCGCAUUGACCUGGAGACGGGGGAGAACCGGCAGGUGGUGCUGUCCAACAACAACAUGGACAUGUUCUCCGUCUCUGUCUUCGAGAACUACAUCUACUGGAGUGACAGGACUCACGCAAACGGCUCCAUAAAGAGGGGCAGCAAGGACAACGCCACUGAUGCCAUACCCCUGCGGACAGGAAUCGGGGUGCAGCUGAAGGACAUUAAGGUCUUCAACAGGGACCGACAGCAAGGGACGAAUGUCUGCAAGGACAACAAUGGCGGCUGCCAGCAGCUGUGCCUGUACCGCGGCAAUGGAGAGCGCACGUGUGCGUGUGCCCACGGCAUGCUGGCGGAGGACGGGCGGUGCCGUGACUACGAGGGCUACCUGCUCUACUCGGAGCGCACCAUCCUGAAGAGCGUGCACCUGUCGGACGAGAGCAACCUCAACGCGCCCAUCAAGCCGUUUGAGGACCCUGAGCACAUGAAGAACGUCAUAGCGCUCACCUUCGACUACCGCGGCGGCGGGGGCAAGGGCGCCAACCGCAUCUUCUUCAGCGACAUUCACUUCGGCAACAUCCAGCAGAUCAGCGACGACGGAUCCGACCGCAGGACCGUGGUGGAGAAUGUGGGUUCUGUGGAGGGCCUGGCCUACCACCGAGCCUGGGACACGCUGUACUGGACCAGCUACACCACCUCCACCAUCACACGGCACACUGUGGACCAGAACCGCUGGGGUGCCUUUGACCGUGACACUGUGGUCACCAUGUCCGGAGAUGAUCACCCCCGUGCUUUUGUGCUGGACGAGUGUCAGGGGCUGAUGUUCUGGACCAACUGGAACGAGCAGUCACCGAGCAUCAUGCGGGCCACACUGUCGGGUGGGAACGUCCUGGCCGUUAUCAGCAGCCACAUACGCACCCCCAACGGUCUGGCCAUCGACCACCGCGCGGAAAAGAUCUACUUCUCCGACGCCACCCUCGACAAGAUCGAGCGCUGCGAGUAUGACGGGAGCAGACGCCACGUGGUCCUGAAGAAUGAGCCAGUGCACCCAUUUGGCCUGGCCGUCUAUGGUGACUACAUCUUCUGGACAGACUGGGUGCGGAGGGCCGUGCUCCGUGCUGACAAGUAUGUAGGUGGAGACAUGAAGGUGCUACGCGCAGACAUCCCCCAGCAGCCAAUGGGCAUCAUCGCCGUGGCCAAUGACACCAAUAGCUGCGAGUUUUCCCCCUGCCGCGUGAACAAUGGCGGCUGCCAGGACCUUUGCUUGCUGACCUCUGAAGGCCGGGUUAACUGCAGCUGCCGGGGGGACCGCAGGCUCAUGGAAGACAACACCUGUACAGCUCUGAACACCACGUGCAACAGCAUUGACGAGUUUGAAUGUGGCAACGGUGACUGCAUCAACUACAGCCUGACCUGCGACGGCAUGGUGCACUGCAAGGACAAAUCUGACGAGAAGCAGUCCUACUGUGCCCACCGCACGUGUAAGAAGGGUUAUUGGCGCUGCCUCAACGGACGUUGCAUUGGUCAUGGAUUCUGGUGCAACGGGGUUGACGACUGCGGGGACAACUCUGACGAAGUGCCCUGCAAUGCGACCCUGUGCCGCACAGCGGACGAGUUCCAGUGCCGGGAUGGAGCCUGCAUCACCAACUCCAGCCGCUGCAACCAGGUAGUGGACUGCGAGGAUGCCAGCGACGAGAUGAACUGCUCUGCCACCGACUGCUCCAGUUACUUCCGUCUUGGGGUGAAGGGCGUGACGUUCCAGAAGUGUGAGAUGACCACCUUGUGCUACGCUGCUUCCUGGGUGUGCGACGGCUCCAAUGACUGUGGCGAUUAUUCAGACGAGAGGAACUGCCCGGACAAGCGGAAGAGCAAGUGCCCGGUGAAUUUCUUCGCCUGUCCCAGCGGCCGCUGCAUUCCCAUGAGCUGGACCUGCGACAAGGAGUAUGACUGCGAGAAUGGAGCAGAUGAGGCGCAGUGCGACAAGUUCUGCUCCCCAUCACAGUUUGAAUGCGCCAACCACCGAUGCAUCUCCUACACCUGGCUGUGUGACGGUACCGACGACUGUGGGGACGGCACCGACGAGGACAGACGUGGGUGCAAAAACAAGACCUGCAGCCCCGAAGCCUUCCAGUGCCCCGACUCGCACGUGUGUGUCCCACAGCGCUGGAAGUGUGACGGGGACAAGGACUGCCCCGACGGCUCUGACGAGAGCGUCAAGGCCGGUUGCGUACUCAACAACACCUGUGAUGAGGCGGAGUUUCUUUGUCAGAACCGGCAGUGCAUCCCUAAACACUUUGUGUGUGACCAUGACAACGACUGUGGCGAUGGCAGCGAUGAAUCCCCAGAGUGUGAAUACCCCACCUGUGGGCCCAACCAGUUCCGCUGUGCAAACGGCCGCUGCCUCAUCGACAAGAGCUGGGAGUGCGAUGGGGAAUUCGACUGCCAUGACCGGUCUGACGAGGCUCCCAGCAACCCCCGCUGCAGCGGCCCAGAGAAGAAGUGCAAUGACACGGCGUACAUGUGCAAGAACGGCAACUGCGUCAACGAGACCCUACUGUGCAACUAUAACGACGACUGUGGCGAUGGUUCCGACGAGCUCAAUUGCUUCAUAAACGAGUGUCUGAACAGCAAACUCAGUGGCUGCUCCCAGAUGUGCGAGGACCUCAAGAUCGGAUACAAGUGCAGAUGCCAUCCUGGGUUCCAGCUAAAGGAGGACGGCAAGACCUGCAUGGACAUCGACGAGUGCCGUUCCUCCUACCCUUGCUCCCAGCGCUGCAUCAACACCUACGGCAGCUUCCACUGCCAGUGUGUGGAGGGCUUUGAGCGCCGGACCAACGACCCCACGGCCUGCAAGUCGACCUCGGCGGAAGAACCCUUCCUGAUAUUUGCCAACCGCUACUACCUGCGUAAGCUGAACCUGGACGGCUCCAACUACACCCUCCUGAAGCAGGGCCUGAACAACGCGGUGGCCUUGGACUUUGACUACAGAGAACAGAUGAUCUACUGGACGGAUGUGACGACGCAGGGUAGCAUGAUCCGACGCAUGCACAUCAAUGGCAGCAACGUGCAGGUGCUGCACCGGACCUCCCUCAGCAACCCGGACGGCUUGGCCGUCGACUGGGUGGGUGGGAAUCUUUACUGGUGCGAUAAGGGCAGAGACACCAUCGAAGUGUCCAGGCUGGACGGGGCCUUUCGGACGGUGCUGGUGAGCACGGGCCUGCGGGAGCCGCGAGCGGUGGCGGUGGACGUGCGUAACGGGUACCUGUACUGGUCAGACUGGGGUGAUAAUCCCCAUAUUGGGAGGAUCGGAAUGGACGGCACCAACCGCAGCGUCAUCGUUCAGCAGCGCAUCACCUGGCCCAACGGCCUGACGUUGGACUUCAUCAACGACCGCAUCUACUGGGCCGAUGCGCGGGAGGAUUACAUCGAGUUUGCCAGCCUGGAUGGCACCAGCCGACACACAGUACUGAGCCAAGACAUUCCCCACAUCUUUGCCAUGACCCUGUUUGAGGAAUAUAUCUACUGGACCGACUGGGAGACCAAGUCCAUCAACAGGGCCCACAAGACGCUGGGCACCAAUAAGACCAUGCUGAUCAGCACCCUCCACCGGCCGAUGGACAUCCACAUCUUCCACCCAUCCCGGCAGCCUGAGGUGACUAACCACCCAUGCCAGACGAACAACGGUGGCUGUUCCAACCUCUGCCUCUUGUCGCCGGGCGGGGGCUAUAAGUGCGCCUGUCCCACCAACUUCUACCUGGGCCAUGAUGGGCACCGCUGCUUGUCCAACUGCACAGCCAGCCAGUUUGUGUGUAAAAACGACAAGUGCAUCCCCUUCUGGUGGAAGUGUGACACUGAGGACGACUGCGGGGACCGGUCCGACGAGCCCACCGACUGCCCCGAGUUCAAAUGCCGACCAGGCCAGUUCCAGUGUGGCACUGGGAUCUGCACCAACCCGGCCUACAUCUGUGAUGGAGACAACGACUGUCAGGACAACUCUGACGAGGCCAACUGUGACAUCCACGUUUGCCUGCCUAGCCAGUUUAAAUGCACCCAGCCCAGCCGCUGCAUCCCCGGAAUCUUCCGCUGCAACGGGCAGGACAACUGCGGGGAUGGCGAGGACGAGAAGGACUGCCCCGAGGUCACAUGUGCUCCCAACCAGUUCCAGUGCUCCGUCACCAAGCGCUGCAUCCCCCGCGUGUGGGUGUGCGACCGCGACAACGACUGCGUGGACGGAUCCGAUGAGCCCGCCAACUGCACCCAGAUGAUCUGCGGCGUGGACGAGUUCCGCUGUAAGGACUCGGGCCGCUGCAUCCCAGCGCGCUGGAAGUGUGAUGGGGAGGACGACUGUGGGGACUCCUCCGACGAGCCCAAGGAGGAGUGUGAUGAGAGGACCUGUGAGCCAUACCAAUUCCGCUGUAAAAACAACCGGUGCGUUCCAGGCCGCUGGCAGUGCGACUAUGACAACGACUGUGGUGACAACUCUGACGAGGACAAGUGCGUUCCCCGCCAGUGCUCCGAAAGCGAAUUCGCCUGUACCAACGGCCGCUGCAUCGCUGGCAGGUGGAAGUGUGACGGAGACCAUGACUGUGCUGACGGGUCCGAUGAGAACGGCUGUGACCUGAAAUGUGACAGCGACCAGUUCCAGUGUAAGAAUGGCCACUGCAUUCCCAUCCGGUGGCGCUGUGACGCCGACGCCGACUGCCUGGAUGGCAGUGAUGAGGAGAAGUGUGACAGUGGAGUGGGUCGACACUGCCCCCUGGAUGAAUUUCAGUGUAACAACACGCUGUGUAAGCCGCUGGCUUGGAAGUGUGAUGGCGAGGACGACUGCGGGGACAACUCUGAUGAGAACCCAGAGGAGUGCAAAAAGUUCCAGUGUCCGCCGACCAGGCAGUUCCGGUGCCGAAAUGACCGCGUGUGCCUCUGGAUCGGCAAGCAGUGCAAUGGCGUUGACAACUGUGGGGACAACACGGAUGAGCUGAACUGCCAGGUGCCCUCGGGCACCCCCACCUGUGGGAAGGACGAGUUCCAGUGCAGCAACGGUCAGUGCAUCAGCUCAAGCCUGCGCUGCAACUUCUUCAAUGACUGCGAAGACUACGGCUCUGACGAGAUCGACUGCAAGCGAGACACGCCGCUGAACGGCUGCCGCCACGGUGCCCAGUCGUGUGCGGACGAGGCGCACUGCGUCACCAACAGCAGUGACUCAUUCUGCACCUGUAAACCUGGCUUCCAGAAGGUCGGCAAGAACAGCUGUGAAGAUAAAAAUGAAUGCAAGCAGUUUGGCCUGUGCUCCCACAUCUGCAACAACACGAAGGGCUCGUACAAGUGCACCUGCCACAAGCACUUCACCAAGAUCAACGACACAUGCAAAGCUGAUAACUUAAACAGCAACGGACAGGUGCUCUACAUCGCCGACGACAAUGAGAUCCGUAGCCUGGACCCCAGCACGCCCAACUGGGUGUAUGAGCAGACGUUCCAGGGUGAUGCCAAUGUGCGCAUCGACGCCAUGGACCUGCACGUGAAAUCCAACAAGAUCUUCUGGACGAACUGGCACACGGGCCGCAUCUCCUCCUAUGAGCUGCCCGCUUCGGGAUCCUCAUCCUCACCCAACUCCAACUCUCACCGCAACCGGAGACAGACUGAUGCACGUGUCACCGACCUGGAGAUCCCACAUCUAAAGAUGCCGCGUGGCAUCGCGGUGGACUGGGUCGCCGGCAACCUCUAUUGGACUGACUCUGGCCGGGAUGUGAUUGAGGUGGCCCAGAUCAACGGACGGCACCGCAAGACCCUCAUCUCCGGCAUGAUCGACGAGCCCUACGCCAUUGUGGUCGAUCCCCAAAGAGGGAAAAUGUACUGGGCAGACUGGGGAAAUCACCCAAAGAUUGAGACAGCAGCCAUGGAUGGGACUAUGAGAGAGACGCUGGUUCAGGACAGCAUCCAGUGGCCCACAGGUCUGGCUGUGGACUACUUCAACGAGCGACUCUACUGGGCCGACGCCAAGAUGUCUGUGAUUGGCAGCGUGCGACUCAACGGCAGUGACCCCGUGGUGGCCGUCAGCAGCCUCAAGAACAACCUGCACCACCCCUUCAGCAUCGACAUCUUCGAGGACUAUAUCUACGGCGUCACCUACGUGAAUAACUUCGUGUUCCGGGUGAACAAGUUUGGCAAGGGGCCCAUGGAGAACCUCACCACAGCCAUCAACCAUGCCACUGACAUUGCCCUCUACCACCGCUACAAACAGCCAGAGAUGACCAACCCAUGUGACAGGAAGAAAUGCGAGUGGCUUUGUUUGCUGAGUCCCAGUGGUCCGGUUUGCACGUGUCCCAACGGGCACCAGCUGGACGAUGGCACUUGUGUGGAGGUGCCCUCUCCUACACUCUCCCCUGCUCCGCCCUCUCCUGGCACCUGCACCCUGCAGUGUCUGAACGGUGGGCAGUGUUUCCUCAAUGCCCACAAGCAGCCCAAGUGCCGCUGUCAGCCCAACUACCGCGGUGAGAAAUGCGAGGUGGAUCAGUGCCGAGACCAUUGUCAGAAUGGGGGCACAUGCACGGCCUCCGCCACAGGCUCCCCUGCCUGCCGCUGCGUCCCCGGCUUCACGGGCCCCGUGUGUAAUCAGCACACCUGCCGGGAUUACUGCCAAAACGGCGGCACCUGCUCGGUCAGCCAGGGCAACCAGCCCAAGUGCCAGUGUCCCGUGGACUUCCUGGGCGACCAGUGCCAGUACCGUAAGUGUGACGGGCACUGUGAAAACGGAGGCACGUGUCUGCAGGUCUCCAGCGGGAGCAUUCAGUGCCGCUGCCCGCCGCAGUACAGCGGUGCAAACUGCGAGGUAGACAGGUGCCAUUACUGCAAGGACGGCAAGUGCAUCCCCACCAACAGCCACAAACCUACAGGAGAAGUCACCUGCAGGUGCCCCAACGGAAAGAUUCAGCCAAGUUGCUAUACGUGCAGCGAGUACUGUGUGAACGGACAGUGUUCAGUGAACCCCCAGACACAGCAGCCCCAGUGCAGAUGUUCCGCAGGUUGGUCUGGCCAGCGCUGCUCAGUAAAUACCUCCACCAUAAACUCCUCUGACCCCAGCAGCCGAACCGCGUCGAUUGUCAUCCCAGUGCUUCUGCUGUUGCUCGUUGCCCUGCUGGUUGUUGGCGCCAUCUUGUGGUACCGGAAGAGAAUGAGUGGGGCCAAGGGCUUCCAGCACCAGAGGAUGACCAACGGGGCCCUCAAUGUGGAGAUCGGGAACCCGGCAUACAAGACCUACGAAGGGGAGCCCGAUGAUGACGCCGGGGAACUCCUGGAUGCCGACUUUACCCUGGACCCGGAUAAGCCCACCAACUUCACCAACCCCGUGUACGCCACCCUCUACAUGGGGGCUCAUAACAGCCGAAACUCGCUGGCCAGCACAGACGAGAAGAAGGAGCUUCUGUCUCGAGGGGAGGAGGACAUGGGAGACCCACUGGCAUAGACUGAUCAACCCCCCGCUCCCCCGCCCCCACCCCAGCAUUAGCAUAGCGCCACCACUCAACAGCAUCCCCCCCCCCACCCCGGUUUUGCCUUUUGAGAGCAGAAAAAAAACACAGCAGAAAUGCCUGAACACUGUAUAAAAUGUACAAAAUGAAGGACUACUUUUGUAUGUGACUGCAGUAUUAUAUUUUGUUCUUUUACAUUCUUCUGCUCUAAAAGAAAACAAUUUUGUAUAAGAUUUUUUUUUGCCCUCCCCCCCUGCCCUUUACCCGAGUUGCCACUACCUCUGUGCAAAAUGAAAUGGGGGGGGAAGAAACGACAAAAAAGGAACAGUGGAACAAUUUAAUUUUUUAUUUUUGUAUGAAUUGUAUAGAAAAAUCGUUCCAUUCAAGUGGAGUGUUGUUUGACGUGGGAGAGGUCAAAGGCGAGGCCCGGGCCCCGGGCCCCGGUGGGGCCUCGCAUGUGCGGGACUGGCGAGCGUGUGUGGAGGGCGAGCAAGGGACUGUCUGGAAUGGCACAUGUCAUUGGCGGAAGCCCACCUACAGUAUUUCUGUUGUUUUCUCAGAGAAUGAUUGUGUUUUCAUCCUUGCACAGACUAAAAUGAUAUAUAAAUAUAUAUAACUUUAUUGACAGAGUUUUGAAAGUAUCCAGAGGUACACAAAACACACACCUUAAUAUAGCAAAAUGUACGUUUGUGUGUGUGUGUUUUUUAUUUUUUAAUUUUUAAGCAUUCCAGGGUGUAAAUCUGGCUGUGUGUGAGAGGCCUUGUGGGGGGGGGGCGCUUGUAACAGGAGGGCGUGGCCCACUGACAGAAAGGCUCCACCCCCGGCUCGCUGGCCGCAGCCAAUCGGAAGUGUCGCUCACCUACACGGUGACCUAUGUGUGCAUGGGUGGCACCUUGGUAGGGGGGAGGAGUGGGGGAGGGGAGGUUGGAUUUUAGCAGGAAGCUGUCUCCAGGAUACCGGUGUGAUGAUCUUGAGUGGAGCUUCCGCCGUUAUUCCCUAACCUGUCCGCUUUGGGCUGGGUGAGUGUCACAUUCCUCUUUAGGGUUGAUUUAUUUCAUUGUAUUUUUUUUCUUAAACACCUUGUGCUUCUCCGUUUGUGCGCCGGUGCCCAUGUCCAUGUGCGUGUUUAUUGCCCCGUUCGUCUCCCGGCUCUCGGCUCUUGCCCUCUGGUUCCCUCCUUUUGCCUGCCCCUAUCGCUGCCAUCUAUCCACCGAUGACUCCUCAAACUCAGACACUUUCUCGUUUCUUCAGAUGCUGCUUCUUUUGGAGGUGAGCAGCCAUAUUUUAAUGCAUGUUCAAUGGAAAAAAGAAAAUACUUAGCGUAAGACGUCCUUUCGCUUAGCCCACACAGCACAUCAGCUCACGCAGUGGAUUCUGACUUUCAUUUCAGCUCAGUGUUUUUUUUUUUUUGAUUGAGAGAAAAGUACAAUCAUUUUACUUAAACUUUUUCAAAAUCAUACACUUUGGAUUUGUUUAAAUUUUUUUUUUUCCAUUUUAUUUUUUAAUAAAAAAAAUGACAAAUAGCUUUUAUAGUAGAAAAUGCAUGGUGGCUCAGCCUUUCUGGAAAGAAUAAUGUUUAAUUUUUUUUGCUGGAAUACUUUACAAACUAAAUAACAAAUAUUGUUAUAAAUAAACUUUUUAAAAAUGUA